UCAUGCUCAGAGAGUAAGAGAAAAAUCAGUUCUGCAGCCCCCUGCGCUGCUGUCCUGCCCUCACUUGGUUUGUGUUGCUGGGAUAUGAGAGCACAUGCACUUCUGGUCACAGAGCAGGCAACAAAGCAGGGGGGGCAAUUCCAACCUUUGCACACUGCCUUAUUGUGGGAGACAAUUAAUUUCUUUGUUUUGUUUUUGUUUUUUUUCAGUAUGGCUGUAAGUGUAACCUCCACUAGGGGAUGUUUGACCAACUUCCUAACUACCUUUCUACCAAAACUAGUGUGGUGUGAAUUUAGAUGAACUUUUGGACAGGAAGCAAAGAGCCAGCUUGCCAUCCCCCCAAGGAUAUGUAUGAACAGCUGGGGGCUGCUGGGGGUCCUGGCAGUUCCAUUGGGGUCUGCAUGUGGCACCGGGCACUUCUGCAGCACAGUGAAGGUUGGAGCAGCUUGGAGGAUGGUGAUGUGGGGAGCCCUGAAGCCAGACUGCGUUGUGCAGUGUGUCCUUUCUCCUGGCUGUGUGUCCUCAGGCAGCCUCUGACCCGAGCAGAGGGGCAGCACUACUUCAGAAAGGCUGUUGUCGUUCCCUGCUCUGCUGUGCUGCUCACUGACAUGCUCAUUUCCAGCCUUACACCUGAUGACCUUUGAGGAAGGCUGUGAUGCCAGUCCUGCUGGCCCUUCCAGGCUGAGCAACUGCUGAUGUGUUCCAUGCUUUGUUCUGAAAGCCAGGAAGACCCCUCUGUGCUGUGCUGCAGCCGCAGGGAUCCAAAGGCCUGUGCUGCAAGUUAAGGCCCAGCACUGCUCCGUGCAAGAUGCGAGGUGCUGAGGGAUGGACAGAAGUACUGUGGGUAAUUGGAGUAUUUAGCUACUGAUUGCCCUGUGCUUUCUUCUCAUGUCUGUGCAGGUGGUGACUUGCAGCACACCAUCCUCCCAUGCUCUUCUUCUUCUGGAGAGAACUACCUCCCUCCUGUGUCCGACCACCAGGCGUUCUGCUGCAGGGUUGGUAACCUCAGUGCCUUCCUGCCCUGACUUUGUUAGUGGGCAGCCUCCACCUUGGCUUUCUGUGGGUUUUGGGGAUGUUAUGAAUUGAUGUAUUGUUCAGAGCAGCCUAUUGGAAGGCGUUGUCACUGCCCAUUCUGACGGGAGGAGAGCUUCCUUUGUAAUGUCAGGCCAUCGAGAGCAACCUUAAUUUCCUACAUGCAAUUACUGUGAGCAGACUUUCCUCGUGCCCUCUCCCAUGCUGCUGUCAUCCAUGCCCCGGUGGGGCUGUGUGAUGGCUGGGAGCACAGGCUGCUCUGCUCUUGGGGGCUCUCUUCACCCUGAUGGUUCCAGCUCCUUUGGGCCCAUUGGUGUGAGCAGCUGCUUGGCCACCUCACGGUGGGCAGUGCUGGUGGCUGCUGAUUCCCAGCCCGGUACGAUGAGGAUGUGACUUUGCUCCCUUUGUGUAAAGUGAAUUUAGGAUCACUUGCUGAUUUCCUUUGCAGGGGCUGAAGUGCCAGCAAGCACACUGCUGUCUGUCCCCAACAACCCCAGGCUUCAGCGAACCACAGUGCUUUGCCUGCAAGCCUACAGCUGUCUGUGUGCUGGCAUCUGUCCAUUGUGGGAUGGAGGCCAGAUGGGGUGACGGGGUGCAGCAAUGUGGGAGCAGUGAUAACCAUCUCUCUUCUCUUUGCAGGUUCCUUCCCUGCAGGUGAGGGCUCAGUCCUGCCCUGCAGCGCUCAGUCCCAGUCCCACUUUGGGCAGCAGUGCCCAGGGUGCUGGGCUUCCCCUGAGGAAGGAAGCGGGGCGGUUAAAGCUUCCCUAAGGGCUGCAGGGGUCUCUGCUUUGACAGACGUUAACAGAGUCUCCCUGUGGAGUACUGAGCUGCUCUCCACGUACCGGAUUAAGGUUGGUUGGACGUGUUUAAUGGCCACAACAGGCACAGAGCAUUCCUCAUCUGCCUGCAGCCCCUGCGACGCCGCGGGACGGCCGGGUAUUGUUGCUGCAGCUGGUGUUGUGAAUCAGGCCGACGGCAAGCGCUUCCUACUAUCCGGCUAUUUCACUACACCAGGGUUGCAUCAUACCACUUCCUUCACCCGCCUCCUGGAGCCUCCGUGCCUCUCCUGGAGCAUCUUGCUGCUGCGCCUGGCCUCUCAUUUGUGAGAGGCUCUGAUUUCUGCUGUCUGGGGCAAGUCGGUGUUUUCUGAUGGGAUAAUGAGGUUCUAAAAUAAAGCUGUGGCUUCGAGGCAUCGGUGUGGUGCUGUUUGUGUUGGUGGAAGCUGAUGCCCAUGUUGCAGGAAUGGGUGAGGUGGGACGGAGGACGGUGUCUGUGCGUGCACACAGUGCGUGAGGAGCAGAGUGAGUCCUCAGAGAGCAGAUUGAAAUGUUUGUGCAAGUGCAAAGGGCCACCAGAGGCAGUGGCUGGACAACCCACAUUUUCCAUUAACUCGCAAAGUGAGCGGACUGAAUUUGCAAUGGGCUGCAGCGUUGCCCUCAGAUUUUAUUACCUGCCCUGUUAGCUGUCUUCCACGAUGUUAUCUGUUGCACAUUUAAGUGCAUGUGUGACAUUGAGCCCUGUGCGAAAGCCACCCAUCCCUCUGUUUGGGGCGGGGGUCUUCUCCACCCCAGGGCUUCCAGUUCCUCUCUCCUUUGGGUUCAGCUCCUGGCACAGCUCAGCUCCUCUGGCAGUGAUGCCGCUGUGGUUUGUGGGAUCUGCCGGGGCAGUGCUGCAGGGAAGGAGCAGAGGAGCACAGCGCUGAGCUCACCUCCAGCCCCCGCCUGGGAACAUUCAGUUCCCACCCAGAUUUGUUAUGGAAAACCGCCGCAUUUCUCUGUAGCUCUGUCCUUGGGCCUUAAUCUCAAAUCCGUUAUCAGUGCCGCGAUCGGGCACUGGCAGCCACUGAUGCUGAUAACAGCAGUUUUGAUACCCCCUCCAGCUAUUUUUUCCCCCUGACCAGCUUGGGGUGGUUCCAGCCACUCGGACACCCCCAGGCACUGUGGGGCCGUGCUUGGCUCUGCUGGGUAUAAAUCCCCAACCCCAGCACUACAAAGCGGGACUCGUGCAGCCACCAUGGCUGAGCUGCCGUGUGCUGAGCCCCUGCCGCGCUGCAGCGGCCGCUUCACCAUCAGCACACUGCUGGGUGCUGAGGAGGCGGCGGGCUGCGAGGGCACACAGCUCUCGGGUAGCUCGCUCUGCACCAGGACCUUUGGCUACAACACGGUGGAUGUGGUGCCCGCCUAUGAGCACUACGCCAACAGCAGGGGGGUGGGUGAGGCCGGACGGGGAAGGCCGUCGCUGGCGGACCUCCACUCCAUCCUCAAGGUAAGGCCUCGGUGCAGGGGCUGCUGGCCACACUUGUGCCGGUGUGGCUCUGUCCUCAGCCCCAUCUCUGUCCCACAGCCCGACCCCAGCCACCUCCGUGUGCCACUGCCUGACCCACAGCGCAGCAACGGCCUUCCUGACGCCGAGGAGGGGGCUGGCGAGCCAAGCAGUGCCCCUGCACCAGAGCCUGUCCGCUUCGGGUGGGUGAAGGGUGUGAUGAUCCGCUGCAUGCUGAACAUCUGGGGUGUGAUCCUCUACCUGCGCCUGCCCUGGAUCACAGCUCAGGCAGGAAUCGCCCUGACGUGGCUCAUCAUCCUGAUGUCUGUGACCGUGACCACCAUCACCGGCUUGUCCAUCUCUGCCAUUUCUACCAAUGGCAAAGUCAAGUCAGGGGGCACCUACUUCCUCAUUUCGAGGAGCCUGGGACCGGAGCUGGGCGGCUCCAUCGGCCUCAUCUUUGCCUUCGCCAACGCGGUGGCCGUGGCCAUGCACACAGUGGGCUUUGCUGAAACUGUGCGGGAUCUGCUGCAGGAGCACGACUCCCUGAUCGUGGACCCCACCAACGACAUCCGCAUCAUCGGGGUGCUCACUGUCACCGUGCUGCUGGGCAUCUCGCUGGCUGGCAUGGAGUGGGAGGCGAAGGCCCAGAUCCUGUUCUUUUUGGUCAUCCUGGUGUCCUUCAUAAACUACCUGGUGGGGACGGUGAUCCCGGCCAGUGCCGAGAAACAAGCAAAGGGCUUCUUCAGCUACAGAGCUGACAUUUUUGCCCAGAACUUCGUGCCCGACUGGCGCGGACCUGAGGGCUCCUUCUUUGGUUUGUUCUCCAUUUUCUUCCCAUCGGCAACUGGUAUCUUGGCCGGAGCCAAUAUCUCUGGUGACCUGAAGGACCCUGCCGUGGCCAUCCCCAAGGGCACCUUGAUGGCCAUCUUCUGGACCACAGUGUCCUACCUGGUGCUGUCAGCUACGAUAGGUGCCUGCGUGCUUCGGGACGCCUCGGGCAGCCUGAAUGACAGCAUGGCAGUGGGCGCACCGGGCUGUGAGGGACUGGGCUGCAGCUAUGGCUGGAACUUCACUGACUGUGCCCAGCGGCAGAGCUGCCGAUACGGCCUCAGCAACUACUACCAGAGCAUGAGCAUGGUGUCGGGAUUCGGUCCCCUCAUCACAGCUGGGAUCUUUGGUGCCACCCUCUCCUCAGCGCUGGCCUGCCUCGUCUCAGCCCCCAAAGUUUUCCAAUGCCUCUGCAAGGACGAGCUCUACCCUCUCAUAGGCUUCUUUGGGAAGGGCUAUGGGAAGAACAGCGAGCCUAUCCGUGGCUACCUGCUCACCUACGUGAUUGCCAUUGGCUUCAUCCUCAUCGCCGAGCUCAAUGCCAUCGCCCCCAUCAUCUCCAACUUCUUCCUCUGCUCCUAUGCGCUCAUCAACUUCAGCUGCUUCCAUGCUUCCAUCACCAACUCCCCAGGUGGGUGCCAGCCCCAACCCCUGCCCCAUCCUGGCUGUGGGGUGAGGGGAGCCGGCGGCAGCCGCUGUCUGUGUUUGCGUGCAGGCUGGCGACCCUCCUUUCGGUAUUACAGCAAGUGGGCUGCACUCUUUGGUGCCGCAAUCUCAGUGGUCAUCAUGUUCCUGCUGACCUGGUGGGCAGCCCUCAUCGCCCUCGGCAUCGUCGUCUUCCUCCUGGGCUAUGUCCUCUACAAGAAACCAGAUGUCAACUGGGGCUCCUCCAUGCAAGCCAGCUCCUACAACCUGGCACUGAGCUAUUCAGUAGGGCUCAGCGAGGUGGAUGAGCACAUCAAGAACUACAGGCCGCAGUGCCUGGUCCUGACCGGGCCGCCCAACUUCCGCCCAGCGCUGGUGGACUUCGUGGGCACCUUCACCAAGAACCUCAGCCUGAUGAUCUGCGGCAACGUGCUGAUCGGCCCCCGCAAGCAGAAGGUGCCCGAGGCCUGGCAGGCAUCGGAUGGCCACACCAGGUGGCUCCUCAAGAGGAAGAUCAAGGCCUUCUACACCCAUGUGCUCGCUGAAGACCUGAGGAGUGGCGUCCAGAUGCUGCUGCAGGCCGCCGGCCUGGGGAAGAUGAGACCCAACAUUGUCGCGCUGGGCUACAAGAGGGACUGGCAGGCAGCUGCACCACAGAGCCUGGAGGAUUACGUGGGCAUCCUGCAGUACGCGCUGCGCCGGCACCUGGCGGCUCCGUGCGCCUCUCUGAGCCAGGCAGUGGCGUCAUGCUGUUGUGUUGUCCCCACCUCAUGGGGGUCUGAAUGGGGGGGGACCACCACCGUCAGCUGCCUCCUCCCUCCUUCCAGCGAUGCCUUUGAUUUCAAGCACGGCGUGUGCCUGCUGCGGCUGCGGGAAGGCCUGAACGUUUCCCGAGUUCCACAAGCCCACACUAACCCUGCAUUUGGGGCAGCAGAGCGUCCUGAUGGGAACGGCACCGGCAGCAGGGCAGCGCCCAGCACAGGCAUCGUAGACCCUGAGCAGCAGGCGAGCACCAUCUUCCAGAGCCAGCAGGGCAAGAAAACCAUCGACAUUUACUGGCUCUUUGAUGAUGGAGGUAGGCCCUGCCUCGUGCUGCAGCACCACACAGCACAGGAGGAUGGGAGGGCACUAAAAAUACCGUGGCUGCAUCCUGCAGGGCUCACACUGCUCAUCCCCUACCUCCUCGGCCGCAAGAAGCGAUGGGGAAAAUGCAAGAUCCGGGUGUUUGUUGGCGGGCAGAUCAACAGGAUGGACGAGGAGAGGAAGGCGAUCGUGUCCCUGCUGAGCAAAUUCCGCCUGGGUUUCCACGAGGUCCACGUCCUGCCUGACAUCAACCAGCAGCCCCGGCCGGAGCACAUCAGGAGGUUCGACGAGCUGAUUGCGCCCUUCAGGCUGAACGACGGCUUCAAGGACGAGGCGGCGGUGAAUGAGCUGCGGCACGGCUGCCCCUGGAAGAUCUCCGAUGAGGAGGUGCACAGGCACAGAGCCAAGUCGCUCCGACAAGUGAGGCUCAAUGAGAUUCUGCUGGAUUACUCGCGGGAUGCGGCGCUCAUCGCCAUCACGCUGCCCAUCGGCAGGAAGGGGCGCUGCCCCAGCUCCCUCUACAUGGCCUGGCUCGAGACGCUCUCGCAGGACCUGAGACCCCCGGUCAUCCUGAUCAGAGGGAACCAAGAGAACGUUCUGACCUUUUACUGCCAAUAAAGCCUCCUGCACCCCCACCACAUGAAUUCUUCAGGCUGCAUUUGGGCGAUUCAAGGGGGUUUGGGACAGUACUGAAUGUGUGGGGUUCACAGCAGUGCCCAAAGCACGCAGCUGCUGUGCUGUUAGAAAAGCUUGUUUGGCUGAUUUUGGUCCUGGGAGGUUAUUACAGAUACAAAAUAACACCAGUACCGCCUGUACAGUGGGGUUUGCUGGAGCCGUGCAGGUGUGGUAUGGGCUCCCAAGGCUGAGCUGUGCCCCAUCUUCAGAGUGCCAGGGGACAGCCUUGGACAAUGCCAUAUUCCCCAGCCAAGAACCAGCCCACAGGGCUGCAAUGGGGCUGUGGGGCUCCAAGGCAGCAAAACUCGCCCCACACAUGGCAAAA